UGAUUUGAGAGUUAUCAAAGCUCUUGUCCGCUGGUAGAGUGGUAGAACGGAUGGUGUCAACUCCGUCGUGCUUUGGAACAACGAAUGAUUUAAAACAUACUUCUUCUAAAACCCAAGAAGGAUUUUGAACGAAUGAAUUAUAACCAAAUAUCGAGGCUACUUGGAGGGAAUAUGUAGCAAGAAGUGUGAGCCACUGGUCAACUUAGCUGCGGUCCUGGGGUUCCACGUACCAUACCUUUGAAAAGUCAAAAUAAGUUGGAUGGUGAGAAAAUGAGGUUUUCUUCGCCUUGGUGCAUAUUCUUAUUGGCGCUUAUUGACGAAGGAAUUCAUGGGUUGCGUUUCACCAAAAGCCCAACCAACCUGACAGUGACCCAGGGCAACCUGGCGCGUCUGGGUUGUGCCGUGGAGGGCCUGAGCGAGCCGGAUAUCAUAUGGAUGAAAGACGGGGAGAAGCUGUACAGCACAGACCAGAUGUACAUCACCCUGGAACCAUACCACUGGGAGACCUUCCACAGUGUUAAAUCUGUCCAGCAGCAGGAUGCUGGGAAGUACUGGUGUGAGGCAGAGUCACGAGGAAUCAUAGUCUCCUCUGAACCAGCUUGGAUCACUGUAGAAGGUGUCCCUCAUUUUAUGCUGGAGCCUGCUGAUGUGGCCACCUUUCCAGGGGUCCCCUUUAAUCUGAGCUGUGCUGCUGUGGGCCCCCCUGAGCCUGUGGAGGUGCUUUGGUGGCUGGGUGGAGUUCAGGAAGGAGACCCCACGUCCUCCCCCUCUGUUAUUUCCGUCCCUGGAGUCACUGAAAGCAUCAAGUUCUACUGUGAGGCCAAAAAUGCCAGGGGAAUCUCAGUGUCACGCACGGGGACUGUACAUAUCAAAGUUCUUCCAGAAGCCCCUAGUGUAGUUGAGGUGGUAAAGAUACAGGAGAACAACGUCACUGUGGCCUGGACCCCUGGCUUCACAGGACACUCUGCCCUGCAGACAUGCACUAUCCAGAUGGCUGAGAAUUCUGGGAAGAGGGUGGAGCUUCCCGAGAGACGUGUGCUGGUGCCGCCCUUCGAACAGAACAUUGGUGGACUGAAGUGCUACUCGCGCUAUAGAGUGCGAAUCUGCUGUGACAAUGAAGUUGGACCUUCCCCUUUCUCCAGCUGGGUUGACUUCCAAACACCAGAAGCAGUGCCCUCGGCUGCGCCCCGGAACCUCACCUUCGAGCUGACGGAGCAGCAGCUGUCCCUGAGCUGGGCUGCCCUGGAGCUGGAGGAGCUACGAGGCAGACUGCAGAGCUACAAGGUGCAGUGGAGCCUGGGGGGAGAGAGCCAGGAGGCGCUGCUCUUCAAGGAGAACACGGCCCACCUGUCAGGAGGGGGUCGCUUUUUCAACGCCACGUUCCAGGUUGCAGCGUGUACUGUGGCAGGGUGUGGCCCCUGGAGCCUCCCGGUCCUGGUGAUGCCUGCCACAGCUGUACCACCUCAUGCUCAGAGGGGCCAUGUUUGGGUGGGGCUGCUGCUGGGCCUGCUGGUGGCCACCAUGGUGGGUCUGCUGCUGACCGUCCUCGUGCGCCGCAGGGGGAAGGAGACCCAGUUUGGGUCUGUGUUUGAGCCAUCAGGGGCUGAAACAACGGUCUCCUUCACAGCGGCCCGAUCCUUCAACAGACAUGGCCCAGACCUCCCAGAGUCUACCUUGGACUGCCUGGGAAUCAGCGAUGAGCUUAAGACGAAGCUGCAGGAUGUUCUGAUCCCAGAGAAGCUGCUCACUUUGGGACACAUGUUGGGGAAAGGUGAAUUUGGCUCUGUGCGGGAGGCAUUCUUGAAGUCCGAAGAUGGCUGCUCUGUGCAGAAGGUGGCAGUGAAGGUCCUCAAAACUGAUAUCAACACCUCAGGUGACAUUGAGCAGUGUCUGAAGGAGGCCGCCUACAUGAAGGACUUCCACCACCCCAAUGUCAUCCAGCUCAUUGGGGUGAGCCUGCACCGGCGACCCCAGCAGCGCCUGCCUGUUCCCAUGGUGAUCCUCCCCUUCAUGAAACACGGGGACUUGCACACCUUCCUGCUGAUGUCACGCCUGGGGGAAGAUCCCUUUGCACUGUCCUUGCAGAUUCUAGUUCAGUUCAUGCUGGACAUCGCACGAGGGAUGGAGUAUCUCAGCAGCAAGAACAUCAUCCACAGAGACCUGGCAGCACGCAACUGCAUGCUGAAUGAGAACAUGACUGUUUGUGUGGCGGACUUUGGCCUCUCGAAGAAGAUCUACAGUGGGGACUACUACCGCCAGGGCUCUGUAUCAAAACUGCCUGUCAAGUGGAUCGCUCUGGAGAGCUUGGCAGAUAACGUCUACACUACCCAGAGUGACGUGUGGGCAUUUGGGGUAACCAUGUGGGAGAUCAUGACUCUUGGGCAGACCCCCUAUCCUGGUGUAGAGAAUUCUGAGAUCUACGAGUACCUCAUCAAGGGAGGGCGCCUCAAACAGCCACCUGACUGCCGAGAUGACGUCUAUGAGAUCAUGCACAGCUGCUGGAGCCCUGUGCCAAAGUGCCGUCCCUGCUUCCAGCAGCUGAUUGACCAGCUGGAAGGGGUGUGGGCGGGGCUGUCUCCGGAUCCCGGCAAGGAGCCGCUGCUUUACGUGAACUUGGAAGCGGAUGGGUGCGAGGCAGGGGCGGGGUUUGGGGCCAGCUCGCUGGGUCUGGAGGAGCUGGGGUGGUCAAUGCCUUGGCAGUGUCCCGGCAUGGAGGAGGAGGAGAAGGACUGGCUGGUGGUGGCCUCAGGCGCCGCCCUGGCCAUCGGCGGGGAUUACCGCUACAUCAUCGACCCACGAAGCACCCCAGAGGAAGAUGGGGGCCAGGCUGGGGCCGUGGGGGGGCUGGGGGAGGACCCCAGGGAAGAAGAGGAGGAUGUGGUCAUAAAUGUGUGAAACCCCGCCCUCCCAAACAGCCAGGCCCACAGACAGACUCCUCAAACAGACUGACAGACAUUGGGAGGGUGGAGGUAUGUAUGCACUCCAGCAACAUGAGACCCUCAGCCCCACCCAGUAGACUCAGUGGGAAAGGCACUUUGCAUGGAGAGAACUUUAACCAGACUACCCGCCAAACUCCCACUGUCCCAAACAAUGGCUGCUUUCGGAAAUGGCUCUUUAGUGACUUUAGAACCUGAUACACAAUCAGUUCCACUAACACAUUAAAUCUGCUGAGCGGGAUGGAUCACACAGUGCCUUACUUCUCUAGGCUGUAUGGCCCAACAGGGCUGCUACCUAUUUUAAUGCAUCACUUUUUUUCAACCAUAAUUACAAAAAGUAGAAAGGCUAACAGAGAUGGAAUGGAGAUUUCCUUGGCAUGAGGUGCAAUACAAUUAAUGUGUCAUAGAGAAAUGUUAUGUAGUAAUUUAAAUAUGUAUAGCAAUACACACAGAGAACAUAAAACAGAUCUACUCCAGGUUACAGUUGAAGGCUUAAAAUGCUAAUUAAUUUAAGAAUUGCCUGUCCUUUUGUAGAUAUUUGAAGUGAUUUGAUUUUAGAUGUUUUUGUCUCAAAACUGCUCUCUCAAAUCUCAGAAAGAACCAAUAUACUGUACAGGUAUGUUAUACUUGAGACCGAUAUGAACAUGUGCUUUCAGAAUUUCCCCAGGAUUCAUCAGUCACUGGUAUAAGGACCAGAGCUUCAGCCACGUGCACUCUUGGGAUUUCCAAGGGACGUGAAUUUGUGAUUUCUGUGUCGAAUUAGAAUGUAUUUCUUUGCAAUGUAAGGUUGAUUUUGCAAAUAGAGAAUACAAAUGGUCUUGUCUUAUUUUAUCAUAUCCUAACUCUGUUUUUCUGUUUUCUAUAGCGUCUGAAUAAUUUAUAUAUUUGAACUGAAAUAUUUGUUCACAUCUAGUUUUUGGUUUUAAAGGCCCAAGCAUUUUAAGGAAUAUAUUUAUUACUUUAUUUGGAUACCAAUUGCUAACAUUCAUUUACACUCAUUGAGCACUUUAUUAGGUAGAACUGUACACCAGCUUGUUAAUGCAAAUAUUUACAGGUGCACUAGGUUAGAUUUUUGUGUUAAAACAUUGUUACAAGACCAUUGUAAAUCCCUUCCUAUGAUUGAAGAAGGCUCACUGACAUGUUGACUCACCCUCUGCCUGUGUUCAUAAAAUUGAGGUUUAACUGUACAAUAAUUCAAUCUCAUUCGUUAAAAAUGUAUUGUAAUCGCCACAGCCAAUGGCGUUUCAACAUCAGCACGUUUACAGAGAAGAGGGAGGGAUAAACAGUGUUGUGGUUUGAAGGUGUUUGUUGCUGCUAUUCCUCUCUUGACCGUUAGAAGUCCUAAGUCCAAAAUUAAAUCAGCCAAUUGUGGCAGCAACUAAAUGCAUAAAAGCAUGAAUACAUGGUCAAUAGGUUCAGCUCUUUUUUAGACCAAAUGUCAGAAUGGUGAAGAAAUGUUAUCUAAGAGACGUUGACUGUGGAAUGAUUGUUCGUGCCAGACAGGGUGGUUUAAAUAUCUCAGAAACUGCUCAUCUCCUGGGAUUUUCAUGCACAACAGUCUUUAGAGUUUGCAGGGACUGGUGCAAAAAACAAAAACAUCCAGUGAGCAGCAGUUCUGUGGGCAAAAACACCUUGUAAAAUAGAUAGGUCCGUGGAGAAGGGCCAGACUGGUCAAAGCUGAUAGGAAGGUGACAGUAAUGCAAAUUACAACACAUUACAACAGUGGUAUGCAGAAGAUAACACACAACAUGUCAAACCUCUUAAAUGGAUAGGCUACAGCAGCAGAAGAUAAGUCUAAUAAAUGCCUAAUAAAGUGCUCACUGAACGUAUAUGCUGCUCUAUAGUGUACCCUGUAUAGAGUACCCAUCUGAAGUAGGUUGACAAGGGAAAUGUUGUGCAGUCACAAUGACCACAUGCCAACCACGCAAACAAGCCACUGCUACAUUGUUUUGAAAUAUUGUGAGUAAAGCUGAAAUGUCAAAUUAAAUUCUGUGUAAUAAAUAAGAAACAAUGGGCUGUAAUGUUUUCACUGUAUACACUAAUGAUGCUGAAGUGCCUCAGACAUUGGCUCUGAUCUGAGUAAUGAGAGGCAAACAACAAGCUUCCUGGUCUCACCAGGAGGAUACUUGGAAACAAGGAGGAUAUGGCUGAGAUUCACCUGUUCCUGUUGUAGAGUACUGUGACUGUGGCUGGGAUACAUAAGGGCAGAUAACUUAUUAAUAAUGUACAGUAGCUAUUCACUAUGUACAGUUGUCAACACAACAGUGGGAACAUAAUUUUAUAAUGGCAGAACAGGGUUAUCCCAGUUUUGUAACUUAUGUUUUCUUAAUGUAGUUCCAGGAGUAAAAUGUUUUUGAGGACAAUAUUCUUGAAGCUUGAACAUGUAUAUUUACAAAUGAUAAUAUUUAAGGAGGUAUUCGAGCAAACUAUGGCACUAGCACAGCCUUGAGCAGAAGGCUAAAAUUACUGAUUUAAAUUUUGAAUAAAGAAAUGAAACAACUUAAGUUCUUGGUUUGCCAGGAAUUCAGUAUUUUUGUGUCUUACAUUCAAAAAACAAAAUUUGAUCUACACAAUAUGUUCCUCUGUUAUCAAUGGUAAAGUUGUAAAUGUUGCACUGUAAAUUGCAAAUCUAACAUUUUGUAUGUUGAUUUAGUGGAAUACUGAGAGAACCAAUAAAAUUAAUCAUUUUCCAUGAACAUAUAA